CUUUCAAUUGGUUCGAUGAAACACCACUACAUCAGGAUUCGAUGCAGUUCGACUGAUGUUGGGUCAGGGAUGUGGCAUAUUUCUUCCACUGUCACGCAGCUAUUCUAGAGUUGGAGGGUGAGGGAGACAGAUGGAUAGCACCAAGAUGAGAGGCUGAUAAACUGUCCAGAAUAACUUAACAGCUGGAUACUUCAUUGAGAUAAUUACUUUCCCCUUUCAGCAGAAACAGCGUUGGGUUAGAUAUUUGGAAACAUUUCAGAUUUUCUUUUAAAUUAGACCCAUUUUGGAAAUGUAGGCAUUUGUGGUGCACAUAUCUUGAAGGAUUUCGUAUUAAUUGCUCAUUCAUAGAGAACAUAAGUAAUACUGGUAACCAGCUGACAGAGUGAUGGUUGUUCAUCUUCUGGAGCUAUGAUCUCUGAGGCUGACAGACAGGGAGCAGUUAGACCCAAGAGGUUACCAUCAGACGGGCACAGGGACAGGGACCGCAGCCCUAGACAGAGAGCAGAAGCUGAUCAACACUAUGUUUUACAGGAGAGACAUCAGGAGGGCAUCGACGACCUCCCUGCAGGGAAGAGACAAAUGAUGGAGAAGUUUUUCACUCCUGUUCAUAGUCCUUCUCCAGGUGGGAUGAAACCAGGGAAGCACUGCCAUCACAACCCCGAUCAUUGCCACCAGCACCGGGAUCAAGAAAGGGAGACACACAGCUACAGCAGGUUACGGGACAAUGAUAGACGCAGCAGUGAAAGCCACGGUCACCACCAUACCCAUGGUAACCAUCUCCAAGAUGACCAGGAGCAACCCCUUAGACGCCACCAUCACCAUCCUCAGCACCUUCAUCACGAUGACGAGAUGUCGGACCACCACACCACCGUCACCCUCUCCAGAGCAUCUUCCUCCUCCCUCUCAUCUUCCCCCCCCGACUCUUCCACCGAAUGGUCCUCUGAGGCCGGCAUUGACGACAAGUUCUCCAUGAAGCACGUCAGCCGGCCGCAGCAUACCAUGUCCUGCUCCAACAUUGCGGGAGGACGACAGUUCCGUGAUGACGACAGCGAGCUGCAGGUGUCUGCCACUGUCAAACAGGGGCGAAUUCACGGAGGAGGCAGUCCUGGGACCCAUCCUCGGGCCCUGGGGAGGGGAGGACGAGAGCCCAGCUACUCCGAGCUAAACCGAAGCCACAGCCGCAGUGAAGAGGGGCUGCUGCAGAACACAGGAACUGACAAAGGGAAAGUACGGACACCCCCACACCUGAAGCACGGAUCCCUCUACAAGACAGCCAGCCUGAGCCGGAGCCUGGCUUUCAGUGAAGAGGUCUUGGCUGGGCCGAAGAGGGCGGUGUCUUUUAUCCAGCUCCCCAGUAAAGGCAUCCUGAAAAACAAGGAGGCGCCACGGGACAUCCGCAAGGCCAAGUCCAUGGAGGUGCUGUCCCCCCGGGUGGCAGGCAAGGCGACAGGGCCCAAGGGGAAGCAGGAUGUGGAUGCUCUGAAGAAUGCAGCCAGGCAGAGCAUGGUGAAGGGGAAGAUACAGUUCUCUGCCUUCCUGGAUGAGAUCACUAAACAGGUCAUCAGCCCCGCCCGUCUCAACACUCUGGGGGUCCCUGUCGAGACCGUAGGACCGGGUCCAGCCAAAGCCCCAGCUUCCCCCAAAUCUCAACUGAAAAGUCAGCCCCAGCUUCCCUCGAAAAAGCUGGGAGAUGGGCAGGGGGAAGAGAGGGAGCCGGCUACUAAACCGCAGGCUCUGCCUAGGAAACUGAGGAAUGCCUCUGACGCACGGUCACAGAAAAUAUCUCUCCCUGCAAAGUUUGGGUAUGAAAGCAAGAACCACACUCCUCGUCUAGGCAGCCCCCCAACCCUCCACUCCAGCCAACCCUACCCACCCCACCCACCAGCUGGCUAUGAAGACGAACCAGCUUCCCUGCCUGACUUCCAGGGUCCUGUUGGUAAUAGGCAUGGGCGGUAUGGCCCGCUUCUUACAGAUGGCACUGUCAGCUCCAGCCCUGAGCCCAGCCAUCACAAACACCGGAGCUACAAACACCUUGAUCAGAGCCACAGGCCCAGCCAUAGCCCACCUUCAUCUCCACACACCCAGCAGCCCCAGCUACCCCAUCACGCCCUGAUCCACACACAUUCCCCUCCUCCAGUACAAGGGCCAAAGUCGGAGUCUCCUUCCAGCAAGUCGGACUCAUCCCGGAACAGAGAACAAGACACGGCCAGCCCCAACUCUGAGCAGAAUGACCGCCACAGCCAGUCAACCUACCGCUGGUGUCCUACUUCAUAUAGGGCCUUGACGGAUGACAUAGGCGAACUCCAGACACUGCAGGAGGAGAAUGCUGAGCUGCACCAGAACCUGAUGCAAACAGUGGUCUGCAUCGAGAGCCUGGAGGUGGAGCUAGCCAGGGCCAGGGAGGAGCUUAGCCACAUGAAGGAGAAGUUCAAGAGGCUCCAGGACACACACACAGGUACCCAGCACACCAACAGCCUUCUGGUGGAGAAACUGCACUCAGCGACUGAGAGCCUUAGCUCUGAGAGGAAGUAUAUGGUGCAGCGUAUCGCCCAUCUCAGCACAGAGCUGGAGAAGGCCAAUGACACCAUUGCCUCUCUGGAGAACAUCAAUGUUCCCUGUCUGAUCAAGGAGCUCCUAGAGAAGCACUUUGACUCUGGAGACGCUGUCAAGCAGUUCCUGAAGAACGCCUUGAAAACCGGCCAAUCUACGGGAGACAUCGAAUCACCGGCUCCAAAACUGGAGCAGAAGCCGUCUGAUUGGUCAAGCAUAGGACUGAGGGAGUUUGAGGCGGGUCCACAAAAGGUCACUGCUUUUAUGCCCUGGAAGCAGGAGGAGGGGUUUGGGGUGAUAGGUCAGACAGGAAAUGAGGAUUCUGGCUCGAUGAGUCCCCCUUUCUCAAUCGCUGACAUCAGUAUGGCUAUAUAUAAGAAGCUAGCUGCCAGCCAAGCAGAAAGACAGCCCCGGCCUUCCAACUACCAACCUCACACUGACACCCCUCCCAACCCCUACCCUUUGGUGGAGUUGGGUACAGGGGGGGAGGGUUACCGUGUGCCUGCUGUCAAGGGGUGUGUGGCAGAGGCAGGGAGAGCAGCUGAGAGUAAGCAGGGUGCUGUUGUUGAUGUGUCCUAUCUGACGGCCCAGAGGGUUUUAGAUGACUUCCUGCACCAGCUGACUCACCCAGAGGAUGGGAGUGGAGGUGGGGGGAGGGGGCACAAGGCCAACGGGGAGGAGGAGGAGGAACUGACGAGAGGGGGGCGGAGUGAAAGGAACCUGUGA